CUCUGGAAAGGGGCCGGGUUUCCUCCUCCUGGAGGCAGAUAACGCCGUCCUUUCGCUCUGAUUGGUUCAGCUUAAGCUGUAAAUAAAUACUUUUACCGCGGAGAAGCUAGACCUGAGGGCUGGGAGCGAGUGCCAGCCUCCAGGGACUGAAAAGCGAGGCAUUGGUGGGAGGCAGACUUCUUAUCCCGCCGCUGGGCUGCGGGUCGAGGGCGCGCGCUGGGCGGCAGCGCAGGCGCAGGUGCGGGGAGGUCCGGCCCGACUCGCGCCGCGAUGUGGAACCUCCUGGACGAACCCGGCUCGCUGGCGAUCGCCGGGCGCCGGCCGCGCUGGCUCUGCGCUGGGGCGCUGGUGCUGGCCGCCGGCCUCUUUGCCCUGGGCUUCCUCGUAGGUUGGUUUAUGAAAUCCUCUAAUGAAGCUACUCACAUUGUUCCACAACAUAGCAUGAGGAAGGCAUUUUUGAAUGAAUUGAAAGCUGAGAACAUCAAGAAGUUCUUAUAUAAUUUUACACGGAUACCCCAUUUAGCAGGAACAGAACAAAACUUUCAGCUUGCAAAGCAAAUUCAAUCCCAGUGGAAAGAAUUUGGCCUGGAUUCUGUUGAGCUAGCCCAUUAUGAUGUCCUGUUGUCCUACCCAAAUAAAACUCAUCCCAACUACAUCUCUAUAAUUGAUGAAGAUGGAAAUGAGAUUUUCAACACAUCAUUAUUUGAACCACCUCCUCCAGGAUAUGAAGAUGUUUUGGAUGUUGUACCACCUUUCAGUGCUUUCUCUCCACAAGGAAUGCCAGAGGGUGAUCUAGUGUAUGUUAACUAUGCACGAACUGAAGACUUCUUUAAACUGGAACGGGACAUGAAAAUCAAUUGCUCUGGGAAAAUUGUGAUUGCCAGAUAUGGAAAAGUUUUCAGAGGAAAUAAGGUUAAAAAUGCCCAGCUGGCGGGGGCCAAAGGAGUCAUUUUGUACUCAGACCCUGCUGACUACGUUGCCCCUGGGGUGGAACCCUAUCCAAAUGGUUGGAAUCUUCCUGGAGGUGGUGUCCAGCGUGGAAAUGUCCUAAAUCUUAAUGGUGCAGGAGAUCCUCUCACACCAGGCUACCCAGCAAACGAAUAUGCUUAUAGGCAUGGACUUAUAGAGGCUGUUGGCCUUCCAAGUAUUCCUGUUCAUCCAAUUGGAUACUAUGAUGCACAGAAACUCCUAGAAAGAAUGGGUGGCUCAGCACCACCAGAUAGCAGCUGGAAGGGAAGUCUCAAAGUGCCCUACAAUGUUGGACCUGGAUUUACUGGAAACUUUUCUACACAAAAAGUCAAGAUGCACAUCCAUUCCAACAGUGAAGUGACAAGAAUUUAUAAUGUGAUCGGUACUCUCAGAGGAGCAGUGGAACCAGACAGAUAUGUCAUUCUUGGAGGCCACCGAGACUCAUGGGUGUUUGGUGGCAUUGACCCUCAGAGCGGAGCAGCUGUGGUUCAUGAAAUCGUGAGGAGCUUUGGAACACUGAAGAAGGAAGGUAGUAUAAACAAAGAGCAAAAAGGCCAACUUCUGAGCCUCAGUUUAGUCUUCUGUAAAGUGAGUGUAAAAAUACCACUUCAGCCAUGACCAUGUUUUGGUAAAAACGCCAAUAAAGGCCGGGCGCGGUGG